CCCACCCCUAUCUUCUCUCUCUGUCACAUAUAAAACCCUCCCAAUUCCAACUUCAGCACACACACAUACACACCAUUCCUCAUUCUUAUUCUCUUCUCUCAUUCCUUUCAGCACCAGCCAUGGGAGCAGCAAUACUCCCAGAUCUCGGAACCGAGAUUUUGAUUCCGGUUUGCGCCAUCAUUGGAAUCGGCUUCGCCCUGUUCCAGUGGGUGCUCGUCGCUAAGGUCAAACUCUCCGCCGCCAGAGACGCUUCCCCCAACGCCGCCGGUAAAAAUGGCUACAACGAUUACCUCAUCGAAGAAGAAGAAGGCCUAAACGACCACAACGUCGUUCUCAAAUGCUCCGAAAUCCAAAACGCCAUUUCCGAAGGAGCAACCUCUUUCCUCUUUACUGAAUACAAGUACGUGGGAAUCUUCAUGGUGGCUUUUGCCGUUUUGAUAUUCCUUUUCCUUGGAUCUGUGGAAGGGUUCAGCACUAGCUACCAGCCUUGCACCUAUGAUCAGACUAAAAUGUGUAAGCCAGCUCUUGCCACUGCACUAUUCAGCACGGUAUCUUUCCUGCUUGGUGGCAUCACAUCGCUUAUUUCUGGAUUCCUUGGAAUGAAAAUUGCAACUUAUGCCAAUGCAAGAACCACCCUGGAGGCAAGAAAGGGAGUUGGGAAGGCUUUCAUUACAGCAUUUAGAUCUGGUGCAGUUAUGGGUUUUCUCCUUGCUGCAAACGGUCUAUUGGUUCUUUACAUUGCCAUCAACUUGUUCAAGAUUUACUAUGGUGAUGACUGGGGUGGUCUAUUUGAGGCCAUCACUGGUUAUGGUCUUGGUGGGUCUUCUAUGGCUUUGUUUGGAAGAGUUGGUGGAGGUAUCUAUACUAAAGCUGCUGAUGUUGGUGCUGAUCUUGUCGGAAAGGUUGAAAGAAACAUUCCCGAAGAUGACCCUAGAAAUCCAGCUGUGAUUGCUGAUAAUGUUGGGGAUAAUGUUGGGGAUAUAGCUGGUAUGGGAUCUGAUCUUUUUGGUUCAUACGCUGAGUCAUCCUGUGCUGCUCUUGUUGUUGCUUCCAUCUCUUCUUUCGGGGUGAAUCAUGAGUUGACUGCUAUGUUAUACCCUCUGCUCAUCAGUUCUGUGGGCAUCCUCGUCUGUUUGCUCACCACCUUAUUUGCAACUGACUUUUUUGAGAUUAAGGCUGUAACGGAGAUUGAACCAGCUUUGAAAAAGCAGCUCAUUAUUUCCACUGCAUUGAUGACUAUUGGGAUUGCAAUUGUUAGUUGGAUUGCACUCCCGUCGUCAUUCACUAUCUUCAAUUUUGGAGCUCAAAAGGUCGUCAAGAACUGGCAGCUAUUCUUGUGUGUUGCUGUUGGUCUUUGGGCGGGGCUUAUUAUCGGAUUUGUGACUGAGUACUAUACUAGCAAUGCGUAUAGUCCUGUACAAGAUGUUGCAGACUCCUGCAGGACUGGUGCUGCAACUAAUGUUAUAUUUGGCCUUGCCUUGGGAUACAAGUCCGUUAUUAUUCCGAUAUUUGCUAUUGCAAUUAGUAUUUUUGUUAGUUUCAGUUUUGCUGCAAUGUAUGGUAUUGCCGUUGCUGCACUUGGAAUGCUUAGUACCAUAGCCACCGGACUGGCUAUUGAUGCAUAUGGUCCAAUCAGUGACAAUGCUGGAGGUAUUGCUGAAAUGGCUGGGAUGAGUCACAGAAUUCGAGAGAGAACUGAUGCCCUUGAUGCUGCAGGAAAUACCACUGCCGCCAUAGGGAAGGGCUUUGCGAUUGGUUCGGCUGCCCUUGUGUCUCUUGCCCUGUUUGGUGCCUUUGUGAGCCGGGCUAAUAUUACAACAGUUGAUGUGCUGACUCCAAAGGUUUUUAUUGGAUUGAUCGUGGGUGCCAUGCUUCCUUACUGGUUUUCUGCCAUGACCAUGAAGAGUGUGGGAAGUGCUGCUCUGAAGAUGGUUGAGGAAGUACGCAGGCAAUUCAAUACCAUUCAAGGCUUGAUGGACGGAACUGCUAAGCCUGACUAUGCUACAUGUGUUAAGAUCUCCACUGAUGCUUCAAUUAAAGAAAUGAUUCCACCUGGUGCUCUUGUCAUGCUCACACCCCUUGUCGUUGGGAUCCUUUUUGGUGUAGAAACUCUUUCUGGUGUCCUUGCUGGAUCUCUGGUGUCUGGUGUACAGGUAAUGUUUCACACACCCCCGAUUUAUUAUUUUAGUAGUUUUCACUCAACAACUUGUUUCUCUUUGUCCUUCACUCUUUCUCCCUUUUAUUAUUUACUUCUAAGGCUUAAUUGUGUGCCAUGUUUACAGAUUGCUAUCUCUGCAUCUAACACUGGUGGUGCUUGGGAUAAUGCCAAGAAGUACAUUGAGGCUGGUGCUACUGAGCAUGCAAGAACCCUUGGUCCAAAAGGGUCGGAUUGUCACAAGGCAGCUGUAAUUGGUGACACCAUUGGAGACCCAUUGAAGGAUACCUCUGGACCGUCACUCAACAUCCUUAUCAAGUUGAUGGCCGUUGAGUCUCUUGUGUUUGCUCCCUUCUUUGCUACACACGGUGGCUUACUCUUCAAGAUCUAAGAUUUGAUAGAAAAGAGCAUCAUCGUCCAUCAAUUUCCUGCAAUGGCAGAACAAGGAAAAACCGUCCUUUUACUACCAUGCUUUUUAUUUGUUAGUCUUAACUCAGUUGUCAUGUCAAUUCCCCUCCCUCUUUUCCCGACCUUAAAAAAACAGUAGUAUUUUGUCUCUCAUAUGUAGCUUUAAGAUACUUAAUUAGGCUGAAUCCGCAGAGAAAAGUUUCCUUGUAAAGUGGAGGUUGUUGUUGAUGAUGAUGAUAUUUACAAUUUUCUGCUUAGCUGUUGCUUCAUUAGAACAGCUAGGCUAUCGAUAUGGUCAUUUUUUAUAUUUCUUUACCAU